GCCAGACAACGCCUAAAAUUCCAUUGGACGGAAUUUCCAUCACCCGCUCUCUAAGCCUGCCUAUUGCUCCGGCUUCAUUGUUGACAAGAACCUCACUGCAGGGCAACCCCAAAGAGACAACAGACCGGGCGGUUGUUGAUGUUUCUUUUAAAUUCGGUAUCAUUUCUGGCCACCACUCCAAAAAAGGUACCAGGUUCCCGUUUGACGUGACGCAACAAAUCUCCACGCUGUAACACCCGAUUCCCGCUACUUGGCCUCCGUCGCCUUUUCCGGCCCCAGCGUGCCCUUGCUGAUCGAUCGCCCGAACGAGUCCCGUCGAGGCGUCGAGUCCACUGGAAUCAAGACUGAAGAAGAAAAAAACGACACCCGAAAAAAAAACUUUAAAAAAACUUGAAAGACUGUCGGGCCAACCAGUCCGCCCGAUGCACCACGGCUAACCUAUCACGGACGCCACUACCCAGCGUCAACGCAACGACUCGCUUUCCCCAGACCCAGCUCUAUUGUCUGGCUUUGCUCCUGUCGUUUGUCAGUCAGUCAGUUCGUCCACGACCUGACCCUCUUACCUGCCUCAACCACUCAGCGCUCCGUCCGAGUCGCUCUACCGUGCCGUGCGUGACCACCUACUCUACCGAUUCGUCUCACUGGGUUGUCACGAUUUCCCCGAUCUCCAUCCGGCAUCCUCCACCGCGCGCCGUCCCCCACUUCCCACCUUCCAUCACACCGACCCAGCGCCUUCCGAGCUGCACAGGCAGCUCACCUUCACCACGUCUUCCUCAAAGAAACGGAGGGUUACCCGCCAGUCGACAAGGGAGCAGGGACAGGAAGGGUCUACCGACGCUGCCCUAGACGUGGUGCUCGCUACCGAACAAGAAGCAGAGUUCGACCCGGCCUACCCUUUUGACCACCAUCAGUCGACUUCCACAUCGGCCUCUGCCUCCAACACUCCAGCAUACAGCCGCGGCGACUCCUUACCACCAUCAGGCAUACCCCCGCACCUUCAGAGUCAGUUUAGCACACUGUCUGGCUCGGCGACCGACUACGUCUCUGCCGAUUCCGCCGCCAGUUCACCCUGCGCUGCCUCGGCCGAUCUCUCCGUUGACAACGACCGUGAUUCCGGACAGCUCUUCGACUCGAGCUCGACUUUGCAGGCUGCCAGUUGCGGGACCUUGAGAAGUCAGUCUCCCUUCAUCAAUACGCCCCACCGUGCGCUCAUGGGUGGCGCUUCAGAGCAGACACAUCGAUCUGGUUCUCCCCUGAAACGAAGAGCAUCCAGUAUGGAUCCAGAGUUUGAGAACGCGGACUCGCGGGAGGACGUGGAAAUGCUCACGGUUCCUGAUACCCAGCCGCAAGACCAACAGCCUGGGCAAGAUGUGGAAGAGCCUCAGCCCGUGGAAGCAGACGCCGUCGGAGGUACCAAGGUGCCCAUUGCUGAUAUGGAACUGCCCUUGAAGACAGAAAUCCCACCGAUCGAGCAACAGAUCAAGACGAUCGAAACACUCCUCAAGGCCUUCAAUGAUAGGGGCGCAAAAGAAGGAGAUGUGGCAUACUUAGUAUCACGGCAGUGGCUGAACAAGGCCCAGGCGUUCGGUGCUAAUGGGAAGCCUACAAGCAAGGAGCCUUCAGACGAGACUAUUGGGCCAAUUGAUAACUCGGAUAUCAUUCAAGCUAUCUUCACCGACUCCGCCGGCCAGCAGUGCGUGAAGCUAAAGCCGGGCGUGGGACCAGAGUCUGCUGAGCUGUUUCCCAAGGACGCAUGGGACCUGGUGCUGUCAUGGUAUGGUCUGGCGUCUGGACAGGCCCCUAUUGUGCGGAUAGCGCACAAUACCGCCCUUGAUGCUGCCAGCGAGCCCAACGUUCAGUUUGAGUUCCACCCCCCCGUUUUUACCGUUCACAGGCUAUGGUCGGCAGCGAGUCCUCUGCCUAUCGAACAGGAGAUUAAGCUGAAGAAGCCGCCACCGCCCGUCAUUGUCCAAAGCGCAUCUGCCUCAUUUCACCAAUUUCUUAAGCAAAUCAAGAAGCUGACUGGUGUUCCUAUGGAUCGUAAAGUCCGGGUCUGGCAGCGGUUGCAAACAAUUCCUGCCACAGAGGAGGCCUCGAAGCCCUCUGGUAUGGAGACCCCUCCAGAUUCCCCAGGGCGUUCCUCUAGCAUACCCAACUUCCUACCUAGGGCCCCUGGCUCCUGGCCGGAAAUGCUCGUGGAUGUUGAAACUUUCAGCCAACUAGAGCGUGGUGUGGAGCGCGAUCACCUCGCAGCAGAGGAUACCACAACCAAUCCCAACUACAACGGGAGGAAGAGUCUGUCAUUGGUUGGCCUUACUGUGGACCAAACCUUGAUCAUCGACGAACAGGUUGACCGAGAUGAUUACGUCUCUACAUUCUUCACUAAAAUGACCAAUGGCAACAAGACCGUCGGCAACGGCAUUGUCGCUCAGGCCCGUGGUACUGUCAGCGGACGUAACAGCCCGGCUCCCCCGAGUGUCCUCAAUAGGGGCCGGGUGCAACCCAGAUCCGGUCGUACGCCAGGGUGCGUUGGCUUGCAGAACCUGGGCAAUACAUGCUACAUGAAUUCGGCUCUGCAAUGUCUACGGAGCGUUGAAGAGUUGACCAAGUAUUUCCUCACUCACGAGGCCAAGAAAGAGAUCAACCCUGACAAUCCGCUUUCCCAUAACGGAGACGUUGCUAUGGCAUACAUGCGGCUGUUGGAUGAAAUAUACAAGAAUCCUGCGCCCAACUCGGUCGCGCCCCGUCACUUCAAAGGCAUCGUGGGCCGAUAUGCCCCCGCCUUCUCUGGCUAUGGGCAGCAGGACUCCCAAGAAUUCUUGGGUUUCUUGCUCGAUGGCCUACAAGAGGACCUGAACCGCAUCAAGAAGAAGCCGUACAUUGAGAAGCCAGACUCUACAGAUGACAUGAUCGGUAACCCUGCUGCUAUCAAAGAAAUGGCCGAGAAGGUUUGGGAUAUCACAAAGAAGCGUGACGACUCGAUCAUUGCCGACCUGUUUACCGGAUUAUACAAGUCAACCCUUCAUUGCCCUGUGUGCGACAAGAUCAGCAUCACAUUCGAUCCCUUCAACAACCUCACUUUGCCCUUGCCAAUGAGCAACGUCUGGUCCCGGACUGUCAAGUAUUAUCCCUUAAACGAACCCCCAGUGGAAAUCGUUGUAGAGGUCGAUAAGACGAGCGCUUUCAAGGCCAUAAAGGAGUUCAUUUCGACGAGAGUCGGUGUCCCCCCGGAGCGUCUUGUUGGAGGUGAAGAGUUCAAGGGUAAAUUCUUCAAGCAGUACGACGACAUGAUGGCGAUCAACGAAGAGAUUCAGCCGGGUGACGUUGCAGUGAUACAUGAAGUGGAAGCGCCGCCUACCAAUGUCAACGCAAAGAAGGCCAAGAAGCAGGUAUACAGGUCGCUGCUGGACGAUGCCGAGGAAGAGCCCGCUCAACCCACGUCGAAUCCCCUGGCGGAACGUCUCCUUGUUCCAGUUCUGCAUCGUACUAUGGACCCUAAUGGGGCCGGUGUCAGAUAUCAUAGGAAAGUAGAGGACAUCCCACCGCCACAUUACAUUGUGUUGACGCCUCAGGAGGCUUGUGAUGAGAAUAUCAUCCGCAGAAAAAUCCUGCAAAAGGUGGCCACCUUGUCUACGUGGUCGGAAUUCACUGCCGACGAAGAGGCAUCAGAAGCUACGGAUCCCGAGAUGGUCAAUGGCGCAUCGGAUAUUGACUCUGCAGACUCUAAGGUAGUUGCCAAGUCCGUCGAGGGCGAGGAAGAUAUUGUCGACGUGACGAUGGGCAACACUGGUUCUGCCAAACCAACAGCGUCGCCAGCUCCUCAAACUCUUCCGGCGCUCCUCAAGCGUUUCAAGUCGCAGCAGCCUAAGUGGUUAGACCCUUCAGUUUUUCUGAAUCCAGCCCUGCAGAACCUCUUUGCGAUGUCUUACUUUAGGGAGUUGCAUGGCGGUGUUCCUACAGGGUGGCAAAGCGUCAACGACACCAGCAAACACGAAAGACUGAGCUCGAGGGCCCCUAAGACGGAUUCGUCGGAUGUGGAGAUGCGGAGCCCGAAUGCAUUGGAUGGCUCGGAUGACAGCGGUAGCGAAGAAGCUUCUUCGGAACAGGUAGAUUCCGUGACACGGAUGGCCGAUGAGUCGAGCGAGGGCUCGGAUGCCCCGAAAGGAAGUGAUCGAUUCAUCGCUAGUCCUCCUAGGGGAGCAAAUGCCGUUCCACGAGGCAAAAACAAGAAGAUGAAAGCUGGCCGCACUUAUGGCAAGAAGGCUAAGAAGCGUUUUGAGAAAGAACAGCUGAGAAAACGGGCUGCGGCCGCCCAGCAACCCAUCGAGGUCCCUGAGCAAGAUUACCGUGUCGACUCCGAGGAAGGGCCCCUUGUGCGUCUUGGCGAAGGCAUCGUUGUGGACUGGUACGAGGACGCUUUUGAUACUGUCUUCUCCCCUGCGAACAGGACCUACAACAAGAUUGAGACUCUAAAUGACCCGUCGUUGGGUGCCAAGAAGAGGCAACGGGAGCUGCGUAAGAAGCACGGUAUCAGUCUAGAUGAUUGUUUGGCCGAGUUCGAGAAGGAAGAAAUCUUGUCCGAGCAAGAUACAUGGUAUUGUCCCCGUUGCAAGGAGCACCGUCGCGCAAGCAAGAAAUUCGACCUUUGGAAGACGCCAGAUAUUCUAGUCGUCCAUCUGAAACGCUUUAGCUCCGUUGGCUGGCGUCGGGAUAAGCUGGAUGUCCUUGUCGACUUCCCCAUCGAGGGCCUCGACCUCACCGAGCGGGUCAUUGACAAGGAAGACGGUAAACAGGAGAUCUAUGACCUGAUUGCUGUGGAUGACCAUUGGGGCGGCUUGGGCGGUGGCCAUUACACUGCCUUUGCCAAGAAUUUUGUUGAUGAUCAGUGGUAUGAGUUCAAUGAUUCAUCCGUUUCGAAGGUGACCGAUACCUCCAAGGUUGUCUCACCCGCUGCCUACUUGCUGUUCUACCGUCGCCGCUCAGACAAACCUCUAGGCGGGCCCAAAUGCGAGGAAGUCGCCCAGCGCUAUUCCCUUGACGACGAUGAGGAAAUGCUGGACUCGGGGGAAGGCCAGCGUCUCGGUCAUGGCUCCUCCCUUCGUGGGUCGCCGAGCGCUUCGAACGGAGCAGGUCAAACUCUCCUGCGAGGAGAAGUUGGUUCGGUUAGUGGCCGCGGUCCAAGUGGCGACUCCGAACUGCCCUCCUAUCAGGAAACCAAUGGCACGAUUACUGGUCCUGAGGUGCGGAAGAGCAUCGAGUUUGAGGACGAGGGCAUUGAUCUACCCAACUACGAAGCCGCGGGCAACAUGUCCGGCGUGGCCUCUGCUCUCCCCACAACCUGGAGCUUUGACAACAUUCCCAAGACCGGCUCCGAAGCGAGUGGCUUGGACGACGAGAUUGCGAGUGAUGUGGCACAAGGCGACAACUCCGGGGACGAUGCCUCGGUCUUUGCCGGUAUCAAUGAAUAUGGCUCCGCUGUAGAUUUCAUCGGACCUGCUGCACAGGACGACGAUUACUCGGCAUUCACUGACAAUGUCCCGCCGCCGCCGUCAGUGCAGGAUCAGGACACCAUGGACCAAAUCGCGCAGAUGACAUGGGAACACAAGGAGCAAGUUCAUGAGGUGUUCGUCAAUGGCGGCGCUGACAUUGACGACGAUAAGGUUGCGGAGAUUCACGUCGACGAUCACGAGCAGCAAGGACAAUCACCAGCAGUUCGGGAACCGCCAAAGGAGACGGAAGGAGGCGAUAAGUCGUCAGACUAGUGGCGUUCGGCUUCGUUCGCGACCGCAGCAUAGUUCAAUAGUUCAAUCGGCUGCUGUGACGUCUCUUGAAAGCCUCAAUCCCCUUUGUGAGAUCACACAUUCUUUUGUUGGGAAAGGGAAAGAUGUCAACACCUCGCUGAGUGUCAUCACCCAGUGUCUCUCUGGCACUCACCCUACCUUCAUGUUUUCUCCCAGUGUUUGCGCCGUGGCGGGCUUGCUUUUGUGUCACAAAAUUGGUAGGCUUGUUGAUCGCUGCUGUUGAAUAAUUUUGGGUUGUGCAUGGUCAUCAGGUAGAGGUUUCUGUUUGUCGUAUGGUUUGGUUUAGAUGAUUCAACAAGCGCAUUGUCACAUAACAUACAUACACAUACACACACAUAACUUUACAUACAUACACCUACAUACAUACAAUGAUCACAGCGAAGCCUGGAUGGAACCCUUUCCCAUUCGGGCAGCAGAAAUAGAGAAAGAGGAGGUCCUGGAAAGAGAGGCGGGAAGGAGUACAAUGAGGUUAGGGAACAUAAAAGCUUUUCUUAUGAGAACAUUGGAAGAUCAGGCUGGCCAUGAAUAAGAAAUGUCUGUCCAUGGUG